UGAUGCGCUGGCAUCGCCCGUGAAAAACAAAGAAGGCGAUGGCCAAGAAAGUACCUCCAUUUUUUCUGCAAAAAAUUAAGAAAAAAAUUCAAAAAAAAUAAAAAAUAAAGAAAUCAUUUAGAGAGAGAGAGAGUUUCAAAUUAGUUUGAAUGGUAGACGGGGAAAGAAGAGAGAGGAGAGAGGGGGAGGGGGAGCGAGAGAGAGAGAUCUGAAGGGAGAUGGAGAGAGGGGGAUCUAGUUAAGGGAAAGGGUGAACUUUUGGGGUGGAUGAAACCAAAGUUUCCCCAAUUUAUAUGAAAAAGUUUGAAUUUUUAUGCUGGAUUCGAGUUCUUUCCGUCGAGUUCCGUCCCGGGUAUCCCUCAAGAUCUCUUCUUUCGUUUGUUUCCCUUUCGAAUUCCUGUUGAAAAUGUAAACUUUCAACAAAAAGUAAAGUUUUUCUAACGCCUCUUUAGAUCUAUGUUAUGUUCUGUUUUCUGAGAUUACAUUUUGACAGAUUUUGUGACCGUGUUGCAUUUGGUUCUAAUUUGAGCCAAUGUUUGAGAGAAGUUGUCAAAUUUGGAUAAAUUAUCCUAAAGUUGUCUGUUUUUAGAAAAAUUUCCAAUGUCUUUAAAAAGCAUAGUUAGGGAGCUGAAGGAAAUGAGAGAUGGGUUCAGUAGUAGCUCCGCAAGAAGAGGAGGCAUUGGAGGAGCCGUGCGAUGCCCGUGGCCAAACUCUCGGCAUGGGCAUCAAGAUGAAGAGCUCUAUGAACAAGGAAAUUGGGCAAAUUUGCCUCCUGAGCUUCUGUUAGAUGUUAUACAAAGAGUAGAAGCUAGCGAGGGAUCUUGGCCUGGAAGAAGAAAUGUGGUAUCUUGCUCGUCGGUUUGCAGGAGUUGGAGAGAGAUUACUAAGGAAGUCGUUCAGACUCCAGAGCAAUGUGGGAGGAUUACAUUCCCUAUUUCAUUGAAGCAGCCGGGUCCAAGGGAUGGACCGAUGCAAUGCUUUAUAAGGAGGGAACGGGCAACUUCGACGUAUCAGUUGUUUUUGGGAUUGAGCCCUUCCAUACAGGGUGAGAAUGACAAGCUUCUGCUUGCAGCUCGUAAGAUACGCAGAGCAACUAGCACAGACUUUGUGAUUUCCUUGUCGUGCGAUGACUUCUCUCGGAGCAGCAGCACCUAUAUCGGGAAAUUGAAAUCAAAUUUUCUCGGGACCAAGUUCACCAUCUAUGACAGCCAGCCUCCCCAUGACACCCCAAUCGUUCCAAACAACCGAUCAAGCCGAAGAUUCCACUCGAAACAAGUCUCCCCGAGAGUCCCCGCUGGAAACUACAACAUCUCGACUAUAGCUUACGAGCUCAAUGUUCUUCGGACACGAGGACCUAGAAGGAUGCGCUGCACUCUUCACUCGAUUCCAAUCUCAUCGAUCCAGGAAGGCGGGAUCGCGCCAACUCCCACUGGAUUCAUCCACUCUCUCGAUCAAUUAUCAGCUUCCUCCUCUUCAAUGAGACAGGAAUGCAAAGACCCAAUUGUCGAGUUCUCCUCUACAAGCCUCAGCGAGCCCCUUCGGCCAGUCCAAGCCUUGGACGAGCCCUUGGUUCUUAAGAACAAAGCUCCUAGAUGGCAUGAACAGCUUCAAUGCUGGUGUUUGAACUUCAGAGGGAGAGUCACGGUGGCCUCGGUUAAAAAUUUUCAGCUCGUGGCGGCGGUUGAGCCUUCGCAUAGAGUUUCUCCUGAAGAGCAAGAGAAGGUGAUUCUUCAGUUUGGGAAAAUUGGUAAGGAUAUAUUCACUAUGGAUUAUCGAUACCCACUAUCAGCAUUCCAAGCGUUUGCUAUAUGUUUGAGCAGCUUUGACACUAAACCUGUUUGUGAAUGAGAUUUGAUGCGAAUUGCUGCUUCAAGGGUUAUUGAUGCUUGCUUUAGCUUUUGUCCAUGGACAAGAGGUGAUGAUAACUACUAUUUGCUUUUGUAACUUUCCCCCUUCUUUUUUUCUUUUUAUGUUCCUUUGUUGAUGAUGGUGAUGUAAAUCGCGUGGAGAAGGAAUUAUAGCAGAUAACAUGUCAUCAUUGUAAAACUACUUGGUCUACCAAAAUUUGGGCAUCAUGUCUUCAAGUUGUUUCGAACUAUUUCAGUGAAGAUUUUAGAUUCUGUGUCAA